CCUCCCAGGGCAGAUGGAGUCAACAUAUCGAGCUGGGCCGCCAUCACCCCCUCUUUCUCAUUUCCAUACCUACCGGUCUUCCUCGCCUACGAUGAACAGCUUCACAGAUACGAUACUGGCACGAUUCACUGAAGUCAGCAACCAACCGGCCGAGCGACAGACCCAAGAUCUACCGGGGAGACAUCGCCAUGUCACACAGAAAUCACGACACAUGGUGCACGACAAGCCUGAGCACUUUCUCUUUCUCGCACCCUCCACGUCCGUCCGUCCGGUCACUUCCGAUAUUUCCCCGCCGGUCUCAAUAGCAAAAGUCCAGUCCAUGCAUGCCAUCCGCCAACUCGUUGGUGGCAAAUGGCAAGGGGCAAGCAGGACUGCCUUGCCGGCAGCAGGAGAUCUCGAAACGCGCCAGAGCAAAAGAAGAAAAAAAAGGAAGACCGAAUCCCCUGAUCAACGAGCCACUGAGGUUGGACUGGGAGCGAGCGAUCAAAGUGGAUCGCAAAUGCCAGGUCCAUGGUCAAUCAAUCGCGAUGCAGAGCGUCGCGAUCCCCAUCAGUCCCAGCUCGUCGCAUCUCCUCAGAGUCCCUUCCUCGAAGCUGCCCGCCUCCUCGCCUAGUAGGCACCAACUCGGUCGUACAGCUGAGGUAUGCCAAAGCCAUGCCGAAAAUGCAGAUGCAGAUUGCAAUGCAAUGCAUGAUGAGGUGCGGCCACUCCAGUUUCGUUUUCCUCAGGUCCCGUUCCGUCUUUUUGGUUUGAGGUCCCCCAUCUUUCCCCUGAUCAUCCAUGAUAUGGUAAACGCCCAGCCAGGCAGUUGCCCAAAGGGCAUAGCCGCAAGGUCGCAGGCCACGCCAGUUCUCAGCCCCGAUACCCGAGAUUGUUUAAUGUUACACACACUAUUCCUACAAGUUGAAAAGAAGCGGGGAGAAACGAAAUCCCUGCUGAGGCCCGGCAAAGUGUGGCGGUGGUAAUGACUGCCACGAGAUAAGUGCCCGUCGGCGAAGCAGAAUGAUGCAGGGAUGCCUAAGGAGACGAGAAGCCAACCCGGCUACGACCA